AUGAAGUGGCUCCACCUGCUGCUGUGUGUUACAUCGGUCCUCGGGAAGAAUGUUCAACCUUCUGGAGUCGCCCCAAUGAUCAAGCUGAACGAUGGAAAUGAUAUGCCGAGUUUUGGGCUGGGAACAUGGCUUGGGUUUUUGCAGAAGGGUUCUGCAGAAGAAGUUCAAGGUGCAGUGGAAGCAGCCAUAGACGCGGGCUACAGACACAUUGACACCGCUCACAUUUAUAAUACAGAGGAACAGGUCGGUAAAGGAUUGAAGAAGAAAAUAGAAGAGGGAGUGGUGAAGAGAGAGGACGUGUUCAUAACGACUAAGGACACUCCAUCACCCGCAAAAGCGCCAACAGCGAACCUGAACGAUGGAAACGUCAUGCCGCGCUUUGGUCUUGGCACCUCGUUAGGUUUAUUUCCAACGGGUUCUAAAGAAGAAGUCCGUGAUGCAGUGGAAGCAGCCAUCGACGCGGGCUACAGACUCAUAGACACGGCUAGCAUUUACAACACAAAGGAACAAGUAGCGCUGGGACUGAAGAAUAAGAUUGAUGAGGGUGUCGUUAAGAGAGAGGAGAUGUUCAUCACGACUAAGGUCUGUUUCUCUGGAACUUUAACUGAUUUUGAUAUCACUAAAACGGAAUUGAAGGACACUCCAUCUCCCGCAAGAGCGCCAACAUGGAAGCUCAGCGAUGGAAACGUCAUACCGCGCUUUGGUCUUGGCACCUGGUUGGGUUUUAUCGAAAUGGGUCCUAAAGAGGAAGUCCGUGAUGCAGUGGAAACAGCCAUCGACGCGGGCUAUAGACUCAUAGACACGGCUAGCAUUUACAACACAGAGGAACAAGUAGCGCUGGGACUGAAGAAGAAGAUUGAUGAGGGCGUCGUUAAGAGAGAGGAGAUGUUCAUCACGACUAAGGACACUCCAUCUUCACCAAGAGCGCCAACAUGGAAGCUCAGCGAUGGAAACGUCAUGCCGCGCUUUGGUCUUGGCACCUGGUUGGGUUUUAUCCAAAUGGGUCCUAAAGAGGAAGUCCGUGGUGCAGUGGAAGCAGCCAUCGACGCGGGCUAUAGACUCAUAGACACGGCCAGUUUUUACAAUACAGAGGAUGAAGUACGAAUGAUUUGA